AUGUGCUUGGCGCGGAUCUUACAUGUGCUGGGUAUAAUGGCCCUCUUUUCACAACUGGGUUUCUUCGGAGAAAGUGUUGGUAGGAGCGAUGUGAGCUAUGGGGAGUUUUACGGCAAUGCCAGUGCCAGAAUGCUUCGAUUCCGAGACUUUGAACCUCGCCAGCAAAGCGGACGAAUGGACGUGGAACUCGACCUGGAUGCGGAGGAAAAGGAUGGACAGGAUCGCGAGGGUCGUGGCUUCCAUUUCCAUGCCAGCGGCGAGGAUGUGAGUGUGGAAUUGGAGUUUAUCGUUCCCUUCCUCAAAGUUCCUGUGAAGAGGAGCAUGAACAUGGCUCGAGAUGCUAUCCAGAACAUACUGAAUCUACGAACUGGUGCUCUAGUGAACACAGCAGUUGUUGUGGCCGCUGGAGCAGUCAUAGCUGGUGUAGUUCGAUUACUUAUAGCUCCACUGGUGAUCACCUCGCUGGGUAAUGGGUAUGGCUACAAAACCCAUCCAGACAGAAGCAUGCGCCGGCUGACUGAUGUGGUAGAGUCCCAACUGGAGAAGCACAACAUCGACAUGUCCGUAUGUGUACAGCGAAUGAUCUGUCAGUAUCUGCAGCAAAACCUAUCAUCCGGGUAUGCCAGGGCGCUGAAUGUUUUGACCAGCUCCUCGUGGUUGCAUUCUGUCGUCGAUGGAACUGCAGUCUUCCAUGCCAUCCAAUCAGCUAGAAGAAGUCGCAGUUGUACUCAUACAUAUCGAAGUUGCAAAUGGCCCAAUCGGCUAAAUUGGAAGUCCUGGGAAAUACCAAAGGUUCUCAGAUUUAGUAAUGGAUAGUGGGAUAGUAACAUCGA